AGGGGAAAUCCAAGAAGAUCUGAUGAAGAUGCUUGAGGAUAAUGAUGGUCUUCUAAUGGGAACCAGAACCCGGACGCAGGCCUAGCUACAGACAGAUUACAGAUGGCCUAAUUAAAUUCACUCCUCUGGCUUCCUUCCAGCAAAUUCUACAUCGUCCAACCGGGGCCGAGCGAAUUGGGGAAGUACAAGCCUGUCUGACGACAUUCUACCAACAAAUAGGCCGUCGCAAUGGAUUCCAUGCCGGUGAAUUGGGAAGUACUCGACAGUCUGAUAUUCGAUUUCGCCAAAUCGGAAAACCUUAUUGAUGACUCACUGGCUCCGAUUUCACCUCAGUCGUCGCCGUCUCCUUCCUCCUCCUCCUCCUCCCACUCGCGGCUGCUUAUUAGAAAAAUUAGGCGUUCUAUGGAGGCAGGAGAUGUCGAUGCUUCCUUGGAUCUCUUGCGUCUCCACGCGCCUUCCCUUCUAGACGAUCACCGCCUUCUUUUCCGCUUAAAGAAGCAGAAAUUCAUUGAGCUUCUAAGAAAAGGUACAGAGGAGGAUUCUAAAUCUGCUAUGGAGUGUUUGCAGACAUCUCUAGCUCCAUGUGCAUUGGAUGCUUACCCAGAAGCCUAUGAGGAAUUUAAGCAUGUUCUUCUUGUACUUGUUUAUGACAAAAAUGAUAAUAGUUCUCCUGUGGCGCAUGAGUGGUCAGAGAAGAGGAGGUUCGAUCUUGCUGGGUUGCUUUCCUCGCUGUUGAGGGCACAUUUACAUGCUUAUGAUCCACUCUUUGCAAUGACAUUGAGACACUUGAUAAGCAUACAUAAAAAUGUUUGCUCUCGACAAGGAGUUUCAUCACCCAUUUCAGAUCUUAUAGAGAGAUUGCUUUUUGAGGAUCGAGAUCAUCCAGCAACACCUACAGAGAGUCUAUAUGAAGCUCCUCCAUUUGAUGAGGUGGACAUACAAGCUCUUGCUCAUGCUGUUGAAAUCACGAGGCAAGAAGCAGUUGAUAGCUUGAGGUUUGCUAGGGGUGAUGUAUUUCAAGCAUUUCAGAAUGAAUUAUGCCGUAUGAGAAUGAAUGAUUCUGUGCUUGAUGAUCUUGUACACGAGUAUUGCAUUUAUCGAGGUUUUGUGGCCUUUGGUGUUGCAUCCCCUUCAACAUCUGGAAUUCAAGGUGUUUCUGGAGCAGUAAAUGAUGAUGGACCAGAGUCUGAUUGUUUAUCACUGAACCCUCCAUUUCGAAUUUUCCCUGGAAACUGCAAAGUUUCUGAUGGUGAGGCAUCUCUUAGUAAUAUUUGCAUGGAAGCCUCACCUAAUAGCAGUAUUGAUACUGUAAGUAUGCAAACUCCUGAUGUUGAAGAGCGUUUCUUUUGUGAGACAAAUAUUCCUGAAGACUGCAGCACCAGUGGAACACAUCUAGAUGGAAAAGUUCCACUGAAAAAUGGAAUCCAUAGAACUGUGGGAAAGAAUAAGCGUAAGCGGUGGAUGAGGAGAGAUGAGAAACUAGAUUAUAUGUCAGAAGCUACAUUCCAACAAAGCGGUGAAGAGGCUUCUCAAAAGUUACCCGCGGUAAAGUUUGGAUGCACCAGAGAAUAUGUAUAUGAGACUCUUCUGGGCAUUAAAGAGCUAGCAAGCAAAGGAAUGGCUGCAGAGGUGGUUGAUGAAAUUAAUGCUUUAGACCCAAGUUUUUUUGCUCAGAACCCAAACUUGCUUUUUCAGCUUAAGCAGGUUGAAUUCUUGAAUAUGAUCAGUUCUGGUGAUCACUCUGGUGCGAUAAAGACAGCCUGCUCUUAUUUGGGUCCUUUGGCAGCUAGUAAUGCUCAAUUGUUGAAGCCUUUAAAGGAAACAUUAUUGAGAUUGAUGUACCCUAAUGAAGUACUGAGUGAACGCUCGCCACUGUUUGGACUAGCAACGUCACUGCAGGUUGCUGCUGGGAAGAGGCUUGGUAUUGAACAGCCCCAGCUUAUAAAGAUUUUGAAGGCAACACUCUAUACACACAAUGAGUGGUCCAAACUUCAUAUGUGCAAAGAUCGUUUCGAAAGUCUUCUAAAGAUUGAUUCACUUAAAGAUAUCAGCAGUCACUCAGUUAUAACUGCCUAUUCUAAGUCAGAUAUUGACAUGGGCACUCAUGGGUCAUCUCAACUUACUUCAUCCUCAAGUAACAGGGUGCAAGGAGAUGGUAGCAGCUCUGUGCAAUCACCUACCAGGGAUGUGGAAUGUGAUGAAACAGCGAUAAUUAAAGUUAUGGAAUUUCUUGCAUUGCCAAGAGCAGAUGCAAUUCAUCUUCUUGCACAGUACGAUGGAAAUGCAGAGAUGGUCAUUCAGCAGAUAUUCACAUAAUUUGCCAUUUGAUGGAACUGGAAUUGGAUGCCCUUGCUGAAAGGAAAUGCUUCUGAAAGCCAAGCCUGCAGCUCUAUGUCUAUGUUAUUUUCUUUCUUUCAGACAUAGCCUUGUUUAGAUGGGAUUGACCAAGACUUGAUGAAAUGAACUGUGCUAGAGUGCCUCAAAAUAUAACCCGAGCAAAUCGUCAUACCCUUUUUGUUCACAAAGUCAAGAGCUCACAUGGUGUCUCUGUGAAGUCCAUGUCUGUGAGGCAAAGCUUAGGGUUCCAUUUGAGGUUAUUUUACAUGUUUUUGCCCCUAAAUUAUCAUAUGGAAGCGUGGGAGAGUAGUCGAAAAUAAGUUAUAUAUACACUCUCAUUUUUAUUAGUGAAGUGUUGAAAAAGGUUAAAUAUGUUGCUUCUUUUUGUGUACUCCGAGUAAUAUUGUAUAUCUAAUUUAUCUCAUA